AUGGAUAAUAAGCAGAAAAUUCUAUCUAUGCUAAAUCCCCAUCCUUUAUUGAAUGAUGCCUAUCGUAUGGCCAUUAAAAGGGUCAAAAAAAUUAAAAAUUAUACUGAUUGCCCGAUGAUGGCACAUUGAGCGCCAUCAUCGGGCAAUUUCUAUAUAUACUAAUUGACCAAGAAUAGCCCACUAUGGAGCCAUUCUUGGUCUGCCAGAAAAAAUUUUGACAAAAAGAUCCUAAUCUGCCAUUACCACUGAGUUUUGGUGUUUCCAAAUUUUUUGGGCAAGCCAAAUGCAAUAAAAAAAAUUGUUCUUUUGCGAUGAUGCAUUUGGCUUGUCAAAAAAAUUUGGAAACACCAAAACUCAGUGGUAAUGGCAGAUUAGGAUCUUUUUCUGCCAUUACCACUGAGUUUUGAUGUUGCCAAAUUUUUUUGACAAGCCAAAUGCAUCAUCGCAAAAGAACAAUUUUUUUUAUUGCAUUUGGCUUGCCCAAAAAAUUUGGAAACACCAAAACUCAGUGGUAAUGGCAGAUUAGGAUCUUUUGUCAAAAUUUUUUCUGGCAGACCAAGAAUGGCUCCUUAGUGGGCUAUUCUUGGUCAAUUAGUAUAUAUUACUUUUAAUAAAUUGUAAAAUUAUUAUACUCAAUUUUUCAAUUUUCAUAUGCGAGUGAUAAGAGGUCAAAUAUACUAUAAAUCAAAUUAAAAAUUGUGAAUAACCAAUUAUACUGUAAUAUAUAUAAAUUCAUUAUUAUCAAUAUUAAAUAUUUAGAUUUGAGCUAGAGUGGGCUUCAUUUUCGAAAUAUAUAAAUCGUUCGAUCAAGGAUGAGAUUUAUUUUCACAAUUUUUACGAUUUUUCAACAGUCUUUUCGAUUGAGGAUAAGGGAGUAAGAACAACUUUUAAACAUGGACGAUUUUACCCAUCACAAAAUCGACCAUUCAUUCUGCAAGGUGUCCAUGAACAUUAUGAAAAAUUCAAGACAAUUACUGAUGAAAAUGAAUUUAAGGAACAUAUGAGAAUGGCAGAAAUGCUGCUUGAACAUUUUAGGGCUAGUCACGCUAAAGUAAUUGAGCUAAGAACUGGAGUUAAACUUACAUCUUUGAAUUCUCCUGUAAGUGUGUCAAAACCUGGGCCUGAAUUCACGUUUUUCUAA